AUGCAGCAUAGACUUCUACGAAUACAUGUGAUUUGUCUUCUGGCAGUGAUUCGACUGGCAAAGACUGAUCUUGUGGAGGAUUUUCGUCCUCCAGCUACUCCACUUCUUUUACUCAAUCCGACUAUUCAAGUUUGGUCGAAAGGAGAUCGAUUGAAUGAUGUGCCUACUUCAAAUUGGAUCGAAAGUCAAAAUAUGUCACUUGUUGGUUUGAUUCGCAUCAAUAAUGGAAGUAAAAUAUUGAGAUUUAUGGGUGUUACUGAUGAAAGUAUUGAACCCAUGAAACAAAUUCAAAUACGUGUACAACCAACACAAACGUUAUACGUAUUUCGAAGUGAAGAAGUUGAAUUAAAUUUGACAUUUAUUCAGCCAGCAUUUAUUCAUUCUCUUGAAUUAUCAUCAUUACCUUUGGGCUAUCUAAUUCAUUCGGUUCGAUCACUAUCAUCUGAACAAGAGAUUUCUGUUCAAAUCUACAUUGAAAUUUCUGCUGAUUUUGUUGUCAAUUCAUUAGCUAAUGACAAAGUCGUGUGGGAAGAGGCAAGACCAGGAGAACAUCGUUGGCAAUCUUACAGUCACGCUCCAUUUCAAACUCAUGGAGAUCGAAUUAAACCUGAUUGGGGCUAUUUCUAUGUAGCUUCUAGAUCUCGAUUUCUUCGUGAUAGUACACAAACGAAUGCUUCACUAUCUCGACAAGCAUUUAUUCAAGGAAAAUUUAAUCUUCCUCAAAGAGAUGAUAGCCAAGGACCACAAUCAGUUCAAAAUGGAUAUCCAGCUUCAUCGUUUCAAUUUGAUUAUAGUCAAAUCAAUCAGAAUUCAAAUUCAUAUUCGUCUUUUCUUGUCUUUUUUCACGAUGAACAAUUGUCAAUUAAUUUUUUUUCUAAUUAUCAACAACCCUAUUGGACUAAAAUUUAUACAAACGCACAAAAACUACUCGAUGCUGCUUUUCAACGUUUUAAUGAUAUCCAAGACGAAGCUAAUCGAUACGAUAAAAUGCUUAUUGAUCGAUACACAAAUGUAGCAGGUGAUGAAUAUGCGACACUUCUUUCGCUUGUUCAUCGACAAGUUACAGGAGCUUGUGUCACCGUAUGGAAUGAUGAACGACAAGAAGCAUGGUCAUACAUGAAGGAACAAAGUUCAGACGGCGAUGUGAGUACUGUUGAUGUUAUAUCACCAGCAGCUCCGUUCUUUCUUACUCUUGGACCAGAAUAUUUACGUCGACUUAUGCUACCUUUAUUGGCCUACUCAAAUAAUGAAACUUAUGUUCGAUAUAAAUUACCUUGGACACCACAUCAUCUGGGUGAUUGGCCGGUCUGUUCUAUACUUCCACAAGAACAAGAACAGAUGCCCAUGGAAGAAACAGGAAAUAUGUUAAUUCUACUGGCAGCUAUUGCUCAACGGCAAAGCCAACAGAUCGAUUAUCUUCAACCCUAUGCCCCAUUACUUCAAAGUUGGGCGCACUAUCUAAAUGAUUCAUUGCCAGACCCAGAAAAUCAAUUAUGUACAGACGAUUUUGCAUGUCCCUCAGCACACAACGCUAAUCUAGCUUUGAAAGGCAUUAUAGGUCUUGGAGCUUAUUCUAUUCUGCUUUCGAUGGGUUUAGGAAAUCAAAGUCAAGCUGAUGUAUACAUGAAACAAGCUGUCGAUUUUGCGUAUGCCUGGACAUUAUUAGACUGGAAUGGUCAAGAUCAUUUUCGUCUUCAAUAUAAUGCUUCCGAUUCAACUUGGUCUCAAAAAUAUAAUAUGUUCUGGUCAUUUGUGAUUGGAUUAGAUGAUGUUCUCUUUGGUGAAUUGAGAAUCAGAGAUAUUGAGUUGGCAUAUUAUGAAAAAAAAUUGAAUCAAUUCGGUUUACCUUUAGAUAGUCGAGGUGCUCUUGCUAAACUUGAUUCAUCAAUGUGGAUAGCUGCAAUGACAAGAGGCAAUACUGAACAACGACAACAGAUUGUUGAUAACCUUUACACCUUUGCACAUUCAACACCAACACGAAUACCUCUAUCGGAUGUCUAUGAUACAACAACAAACGAAGCUGUAUAUUUUACUGCUCGGCCUGUACUCGGUGGUCUUCAUGCUCUUGAUCUUCUUGCAAUUUGA